UCUCAGCACGCAAUGUAGGUCAGUGCUGCUGGCAGUCGCUGCUGCUGCUCUCUGUGACCAGCAGUGAGGCUGCAAUGGGUCCCCAUCCCAUCGCCAUGGGGCAGCAGCCCCACUCCUGUUGUCACCGCUCGGCUCCCGCGUGCUCCUGACCCCGGUAACCAUCUGCAGGCUUGAGGGCUGAGAUGGCUUCUUUCUGCUUUGCUCUUUGCUUUUCAUCUAUUCGGCAACAGGGUGCUGGGGGAUUUGUAACAGAGAUGGGAUCAGAGAGACGUAUCUGGAGACGAGACUGCUCUCGUGCCUUCUGGCUUUGGAGUUUGCCAGUGCUGUAAAUUGGAAUGAAAACGUGUGCAUAAGAAAUGCCCUGAGGAGCAGAGCUGUGACUUCAUGCUGCAACUGGCUGCCGUGAGCAUUUAUUAUUUGCUCAGAGUUCUUCCUAGACCACGAGUGUUGUUUCUUUUAAUUUGCUCCAACUUGCAGGAGGUGUGCGGGCAGCUGGGAGGCCUUCAGAGCCCCUCCCUGGGUCAGUUUGGCGCCUGGCUGCUCCUUAUGAAUGCUUUCACUGUGCUUGAAGAAAAUGAGGUCAGCGCACACAUCCCGAAGGUAACAGGGGGAGAAGUGCAAAGGCGUGAGCUGCAUUUGGGAGGUUGUUUCGGGAUGGACUGUGCUGCUUUGAAGCUUUUCGAAGCUCGAGGUGGAUAAUGCUCUUUUGAAGCUUUUACAGUGGAUUCUGUGCCCCGUUCCCAAAAAGGAGCCCUUCAUCACUGCCCCCAGGGCCAGCGGGUGCAGUGGGAUGGGAGAAGUGAGCCAGGUGGGAAGGAGGGUGAAGGGAGUGCAGGGAACUUCAGGGGAGCCUGGAGCCAUGAGCUUGUGUCCUUGAAGAGGUAGGAAAGCCCCUGCUGGGUCUGAGGGGCAGCAGCUGGAUCACAGUAGGUUGGGGACAUCAGGAGAGUUUGGUGUUCCCAUCCCAUGGCACCACAGCCAUGUGGGUUUGGCUGUUUCCAGGGAUGGAGGCUCCACAGCAGCCCACUCACAAGCCCCGGCCCCUUUAUGGCAAAAUUAUUUUUCCUUGAGUUUCAGUGGAAUUUUGAUCUCCAUCCCAGCUGUGCAGCCAUUGCUCCAUCAGAUCUCUUGACACUGGGCAUGGGGGCUGGCUUCCCAGUGUCCCCGACUGCCCCCAGCACCCCAGGCUGGGUGUCUGGCAGCACUGAUGCCUUCCUUCAUCCCCAGGCUAUGCCCUGCACAGGCAGCAGCCGCAGCCCAGGCCAUGGCGGGAGGCGGAGAGGCUUUCGUGCUCCAUAUUCUGCUCUGCAUCCUGGGCAGAGGUGCUGCCCAAAUCAGGUGCCUGGGGCACGUGAGGAUCGAGCCAGGCUCAGUGGUGCCAAUGGGUUCCAACGUCUCCAUCACCUGUGUCUCGGCGCUGAACUGCCCGUGGGCGAGCCUCUCCAUCCUGCUCAACCUCACAGCCCCCGAGGGUCCCCCACGCCUUCUCAACAGCAGUGCAGCCCAGCUACAGCUGCGUGGUUUCCGCCUGCCCUUCAGCAUCAUCACCUGCCUUGCCCGCUGCCCCAACAGCUACUGGAACGAGGUGAUCUGUGGGACGGAGCUCUGGGCCGGCUACCCCCCAGACCCCCCCGCCAACCUGAGCUGUGCCAUCCCUGAGCACUCGGGGAGCCUGGCAUGCACAUGGGACGCCGGGCAGCCGACACUGCUGCACACCAACUACAGCCUCCACCUGCGCAGCACGCAGACGGCGCAGGAGGAUGUGUUCCCCACGGAUGCACCGGUGCCCUUGAGUGCACUGAAUGGCAGCAGUCACUACCUGGCGUGGGUGCAGGCCAGCAAUGCACUGGGCACGGCACGCUCAGCUCCUCAGCACCUCGACCUGCAGCAGCUCGUGGUGCCCGCCGUUCCCCUGGCUGAGAGCGCGGAGACGACGGCGGGGUCACCUCCCACCACCACCAUCCACUGGCGACAGCAGACGGAGCUGCAGGACGUGCGCUGCGAGGAGCGGCACAAGGCAGUGGGUGCUGCGGAGUGGCAGGUGACAGCAUGGGACAGUGCAGUGCAGCGUGGACACCAACUUCAGAGUGCCACCAGCUACGUGUUCCAGGCACGGUGCCGGCUCAGCGCUGCGGGCAGCCCCUGGAGUGCUUGGGGUCUGCCCUUCAUCUACAGCACACCUGAGGCUGCCCCCGCGGCAGCACCCGACGUGUGGCGGCGGCUGGGCCGGAAGUUCCCCAACGGCAGCCACGAGGUGACAGUCUUGAUCAAGCCGCCCCGCGAUGCUCGCACACCCAUCCUGGGUUACGUCGUUUGGGCCGGAGCCUCGCGUCCUUUAUGCAACACGUCGAGCACAGCCUGCAGCCUCCUCCUGCCUCCAGCACUGCUCGACCUCCGCGUCACCGCCUACAACGCCCGGGGGGCUUCGAGCCCUGCCCGUGUGCCGCUCCGCCGGGACCCCAGCCCGGAAGCCUUCCCACCACCACUGGCUGUGGAUGUGCAGCACAAGAACCAGAGCACCAUAUUGGUGGCCUGGCAGCCCCCCCGGCACAGCAGGACCCCCCCACUCUGGUACAUAGUGGAGUGGGUUUGUACAGCUCCAUACAGCCACGAGGAAGAGUUCUUUUGGAAGAAAGUCCCAGGCCAGGACACCCACACCUACAUCCAAGAGGAUGCAGCAGCAGGAAGCCACAUCAGUGUGUCAGUGUAUGCAGCCUACCCAGACGGAGUGAGCAAACCAAGCUCUGGCCAAGUUUCUUCGGAGGACAGGAUGUUGGACAUCAUCUACCAGGAGGUUUCGCAUGAUGAUGACAUCAGGUUUUUCCUGGGAAUGGGUGUCAGUGUGAUCGUAUUAUCUGUGGUUCUUGUCAUUCUGAUGUUGAAAAAAUCAGCUAGGAAAAGAACUAAGGCAGCAGUGGCACUGGUCUUGCCAAAAUGGCUGCUUGAAGAUUUCCCCCACGUGGAAAACAGCAGGGUGAUAAAGUCCUUCCAGGAAAAGAGUGAAUUCACAAGCAGCAUUUUCAGUGGGCCGGUCCCGGAUAACAGUGACCCCACAAUUACAGAAAUACAGGAGCUGUCAGGGCACAAGAGAUACAAGAAGGUGGACAUCAAAAAGGAACCCAGCAGCGUGGUCCCUGAGAACGUGGAGCACCCACAGAGCUCAGCACCCCCCCACAGCACGGCCACGGAGCAGGUCGGUGACUACAAACCCCAGAUCUCUGAUGCAAACACACUGGGAUAUGUAGCUGCCAACAUCGGCCUAAUACAGCCCUACACACCACCUCCAGAACCAGAGACAAGUAUUUUCUUCAGAGACUACAGCAGCCCCUUCAGCUACCUGUGGGAUGCUCAAGGAGCUGAAGGGCCCCAGAUCUGCCUGCUGGAUAAGAUCAACCUGGUUUUAAACAACGACAGAAGCGGGCAAAACCACGCGUUCAGCUCUGCCCAGGAGGAACAAAAUACACUUUUGGAAAACCAGUGGGAAAAAACACUGUACAGUGAAGGAGCUCAGGAACAAACCUUGGUUCCAGAUGAGCUGGUUUCUUGCUUAAGGGCAACGAAUAGAGGAUCUGUGGAUAUACAGACCUGCUUUCCACAGAGCAUCGGGAGAUUGUUUUGAGAGAAGCCGUGAUUAAAA